UGAUGCUUGGAGCCAGUUCUCUAACCGCUCAAGUUUGCCCGAUCCCAACCAGCACAGCAGCAGAUGGAUGUCGGGCUUUGAUCCGCCCUAAUCCAUUAGCCAAGGACUGGUCGCUUUAUACCAAUUCUUCACUACUUCUACUCCUCCUCUUCCCUAAUUCUCUAGCUUUAGCCCGGCACUUCCCCUCCAGUCUCCUCCACCAUCCACCCGCUCAACCUCUCUGCCGCCGAGCCUCUAUUUCACGUUCCAUUUACCCAGAGCGGGCUACAUAUCAUUUGAGUCUGCCAAUAGAAGAACCAUGCCGUCCAACUCAAAGCGCGCGGCGCAACCGCCAAUAACGAUAUCGAAGCAGCCAACUGCUACAGAUGCACCCAGAUUGUCACCUCCAGUGGCUAGCAGUAAAGACCCUGCCGCUGAAGCAAAACAGACCAGCGGGUCCAAGGCGGCUUCACUUGCGAAAUCGAAUCUAGAUACAGCUGCGAAUCACGCAGUUGCAAACCACGUUGCUCCAACAACCACGGUUGGUGUGAAUCGGAAAAAGCAGAAGAGACGGCAGAAACAAGCGGCACGUCUAGCUGCAGAGCAGCAGCUUAAAGAUGCACAUGAUCCAGCAGGUACUGUCAAUCAGAACGGUUACACCAAUAACACACAUUUGGAUGAUCCAGAUGUCCCACUCGGUUCCAACCAAUACUCCUCCUCUCACCACAACCAAAAUUAUUUCGACUCUCAUGUCGACGAUCGAAACCACUACGAUCCCGCCCAAAACGAUGAUCUCUAUUCUACCGACGACGAGGGCCACUUUUAUGCCCAGUCGCAUUCUCAAGCCCAUCCCAAUAGGCGGAGUAUGGAUCAACAUUCCGAAGCUAGUGGAAACAAAUCCAAGAAGAAGAAAGGUAAAAAACACCGUUCUAAGUCCCUCGCAGCCGAUGGAAGUUCAACAUCACUAUCAACUCAGCCAACGUCUGCUACACGACACGCCCCGCCACCUCCACCUCCACUAUCUAACGCCGCACUUCGUUCCGCCCAUAAAAUAUCAAAGGACAGGAUAUGGAAUACGUCGACUCAAGAGGAACGAGAAAAUAUCAAAGAAUUUUGGCUGCAACUGGGUGAAGAGGAACGGAGAUCGCUGGUGAAAGUUGAAAAGGAGGCUGUUUUGCGGAAGAUGAAGGAGCAGCAGAAGCAUUCAUGCAGUUGCACUGUAUGCGGGAGGAAACGGACGGCUAUUGAAGAAGAGUUGGAGGUUCUGUACGAUGCAUACUACGAAGAGCUUGAACAGUACGCGAAUCACAGCCAAUCCUCUUUCGAAAACGGGGCCCCAAUUGUCCCGCCUCGACUAUACCAGCCACCGCUCCGCCCGCUUGAUAGGCAUCCCCACCUAACAAAUAACCAACAUCCCCAGAAGGGGAGAGUUGAAGAAUUGCCUGACGAUGACGAAGAUUUAGAUGAGGACUAUGACGAAGAUGAUGAAGAAGAUGAGCCUUACAGUGACGAUGAGCUUGAAGAGGCUACUCGGAACAGUAGGGCCGAUUUUUUCGCGUUUGGUAACAGUUUGACGGUUAAAGACGGUAUUCUCACUGUUGCGGAUGAUCUGCUUAAAAACGAUGGCAAGCAUUUUAUUGAUAUGAUGGAACAAUUAGCGGAACGCCGAAUGCAGCGCGAGGAAGACACGCAAUACGCUGCAUCUUCGGCCGCUCAUCAAUCUCUACAUGCCGGUCAUAACCACGGACCUCCUCUCGACGAGGAAGAUUAUGAUGAUGAUGAAGACGAUGACUACGAUAGCCAGGAUGAUGAGGACUACGAGGAGGAUGAGAUGGAUGCAAUGACGGAGGAGCAGCGUAUGGAAGAAGGAAGACGGAUGUUUCAAAUCUUUGCCGCUCGGAUGUUUGAACAGCGUGUUCUAUCUGCAUACCGAGAGAAGGUCGCCCUAGAACGCCAACUGAAACUUAUUGAAGAGCUAGAUGAGGAGAACCGGUUAGAUGUUCAGCGGGAGGCAAAAAAGGCAAGAGAAGCGCAGAAGAGAAAGGACAAAAAGAGACAGCAGAAACAGGCCAAGGAGGAGGAGAGGGCGAGGAAGGAGGCGGAAAGGGCUGCUGAAGCUGCUGCUGCGAAGGCUAUCGAGGAGAAGAAACAAGAAGAACAACGGCGAAAGAAAGAGGAACAAAGAAAGAAGAGGGAAGCGGAGAAAAAGGCCCAAGAAGAGGAGCGUUUACGAAAGGAAGCCGAAAAGCAGAAGCGUCUUCAAGGGGAACGUGAACGUCAAGCUGAGAUCGAACGAAAACAAAGGGAGCAGAAGGAGCGAGAGAAGAAAAAGCGAGAGGAGGCAAAGAAAAGGGAGCGCGAGGAGCGAGAAGCGAAGGAGAGGGAACUUCGAGAAAAGAAAGCAAAGGAAGGACAGGAGCGUAAGGCCCGGGAAGAGCAGGCCAAACUUGAGAAAGAAGCAGCUCUCAAGGUAGAUCGCGAGAGCAAAGAGCGCGCUAAACGUGAAGAACAAGCUACUCAGGCUGCGCAAGCGGCCACUGCUCAAGCUGCCAAACGAAUAUCCCAAUCGGGGCCGACGUAUCUUCCUCCAGGUCUUCAACCUCCACAUGGGCAAUCAGCGCUGCAGUCACCACAUUUUCAGGCUGCUACACCGGUUGUACCGAAAGCCCCAACUCCGGUUCGACCUCGUCAAACAUCCCAACAAGGGUCCCAUGCUUCUUCUCCGAGAUCCCAACCCGCCGGAACAGAUACUUCACACACCUCUAUUUCCCCUGGAAAUGCUGGUGUCUCGCAGUCAUCAGGUUCCUCGAGUUCGGUUUCUGUGAAGUCCUAUGGCCCACCACCGAUGCUCCAUCACCCUCAGCCCUCUGCUCCUAUGUCGCCCUUGGGUGGAACCGGCCGCAGCCCUCAUUCUUUGGGUUUUAACUCGAUGCCUGCAUUGAAUGGAAUACCUUCCAGCCUCGCCGGUUUACCGGGAAUGACAUCCCGAAUUCCAUUGGGUCAUGAAAUGCACAUGUAUUCCAGCCAACAGAGCUCUCUAGGAGGCCAAUUCAGAGGAUUCCCAUCCCCAGAUGGUAUACCAAUGGCUCCGGGAAUAAAUGGGACUCGUCCGAUGAUCCCAGGUCGGGGCUUCCCUCUAGAUACUGGCCACGGUUUGCCAUUUCCUUCGCAGCCGUUAGGACAUGGUCCAAUCUCUUCGUCACAGCAACCUCAGAUACCCCGGGAAACAGGGCGUGGACAACCACAUUCGAGACAAGCGUCAGCGUCCUUUGAAAGAAGCCCUCUAGAAAACCAGCCACAGAAUUUGCCCAUAUCCCGACCAGCUCCAAUUCAACGCCCCGCUAGUACUACCCCUCAUAAUGCCUCACGGAACGAAACGAGGCCCGGGCAGUCAGAUAUUGACGACUUGAGCGCGCAGCUUGGCAGUAGUGCUCUUCUCGAUGACACGGAUGUGCCUUUGACUUCCAGUCUAUCUCAGCCUAUUCCCACAGGCGCUCUUCCUGGCGCUCCCGGAGCUGGGAGAAUGGGAUUCGGAACAUCACCAUUAUUUCCUGAACAUCUCGGUUCCAAGCAUCCAAAUUUCACCCUCGGCGCUGCGGGUUCGGGUAAUUCUUGGAGCUCACAAAAACCAUUCGGGGCUCCCGGAUUCCCCCCUCCAGCAACCUCUUGGGGCUCAGUACCAGGUUCAGGAGCUGGAUGGCCGGGUAACGCGUUCGGUGCAAUAGGGCUAACACGUCCUUUGCAACCCGUUAAGAUUCGUUCGCUGGUAGCAGAGGCUUGUAAGAAGCUCAACGCAACCAGUCCAACAAAAGGCAACUCAGGUUUCCAUAACGUGAACCAUGUGUUACGACAAGUUGAACAAUCGCACCAGCCACUUGAUUCUCAAAUCACACUUGACGAGCUGUUGGAUAUCCUUGACACCGAAGGUAACCCGCAAAAUGGUGGUGGCUCUUUCGCAAUCAAAAAUGAAGGGACGCGUGGCACGUUCGUUAAGUUUGAGCCCGAUAACAAUAGCAUACCACUAGGCCCCAGAGGAAGCAUUGCACCAGGAGAUAUCGGCAGUCCCGUCCCUGGCAGUAGCGUUCCAGCACUUGGCGGUAUUGGGUCAGCGGGGGGUUCGAGACAAUUCCCAGUCCCUUCGAAUAUGUCUCCGCCGACUGGGUUUUAAAGCCGGUGUCCAUUCGAUUUGGUAUUUCCAUUUCUGGGUGGGCAUCUGUAUAUUUCGUGUGGAACCCGCCUAAAUGCUUUUACUACUCUCUAUUUCCCCCUGGAAGGCUAAUGAUCCUCGCUUUUGUUAUUUUCCGCAGUAUCUUAUGGGUUUAGUGGACAAUGUCCUCAUUGUCACUCUCACCAAACUCUCUAUUCUCUAUCAAGAACACUUCCCUUUUCGGUUAGCCAUUUCCCUCAACACCGAAACCAGCAUCAGCUAAACUGUCAUCCGUUCCUCUUUUCCUUCACCAUCAUUAUUAACCUCCGACCAUUAUCUCCUUUCCACCUCCUGUUCUCUUCCAUUCUGUUACGUCGUUACUCUCCUUUGUCUCAGUCUAAUGAUCUCUCUUUCCUUCUCUAUGUUUUUCCUUUGUCCCUAAUUUUUUUUUUUUUUUUUUUUUUUAAUUUCCUACGUGUCGCUGCCUGAGGUACAGCUUUCAUUUACUGUAUCACACAGCCGGGAAGGUACACUGUUCAGGCAGGCAGGCGGGCCGGUUAUGUAUGGCAGCUGGCAAGCUGUUAAGGGUAGCUAUUGCUUUUUUUUUUUUUUUUUUUUCUUUUUUGCUAUUGAUUGUUCGAUUAUCCAAUCGUCGCUUUUAUGAAACACUUGCAACAGAUCAUGGGCGUUACAGAGUCACAAUUCAUUUUGCUUUUUAUUCACCUUCUGUCUGAAACCGAACUAUUCCAUUACAUACAUCCUGGCCUUUUUCAUGAAUAAAUAAUGCUGAGAGUGAGGCGGACCAAAAUGUCUUGUGAAGUGUGAAUGAACGGCUGUACGCAGGGUCAUUCUACAGUCCCAAGUCACUCACUUAGGUGCUUAGGAUUCCCUAUGCAUCUCGAGGCUGAUCAGGUGGCAAUUAAAAUAGAUGGGAAACGCGGGCGGCAACCUCGCUUGCAAUAAUGUAAUGGAAACACGAUGGACUACUCUAUGUACCGUACCCGUACCCAAGUAUGUAAGAAGGUCUUAAAUUUCAGUUCCAGUUGCAACCAUUUAGAAUUUAUAAUGCCGUCUGAAGCAGGCACAUGACGGUAAUUCGAGCAGCACCUAACUCCAUCGGCUGAGCGCUCCAAAAGAAGAAGGAAGAAGGAAUGGGAACGUCCUCAAAGGGGAAUUAAGAGCCGCAUCCAAAACAUAUAAACCCCCCCCCCCCCC